AUGUGUGAGUACUUUUAUUUUAUACCCACAAUAUCAUCAGACACCCUUCCUCCCACAUUCUGGGCUUUGUGUGCACAAACUUUCAAACCAGCCUAUCAUUAAAACUUGUUUGUCAUGUCAUUUUCUCAGAUUUCGUAGCUCACAAGUUUCUCGCUUCUCACAUGACAACAUCCACCGGCGCAUGUUCUGUCGUUUCGACAAUUUUCAAGCCGUGCCCGAACGAUUGGAUAUCUGAAAAUGGUACAUGUUACGAGGACUCGUGUUGCACCAGCUAUGUGGUACGUCUCUACUAGAUACCACUUUUUAAUUGGAAUUUCGCUUACAGACCGCCCGCUCGUGGUACUAUCGGCUUGCGCAGCUCUCGCACGUCGUCUUCAGCUGCUUCGCGUUGAUUGUGAUCCCCGUGUACACGUGGCGGUACUCGUCGAAACACAUGCUUCCGGAAAACGUGCGAGUUCUCAUCAAUAUCAUGCUUCUUCUGAUGUUCGCCCACUCCAUCGACAUGAUUCUCAUUCAUGUAAGCCUUCGAUACAAGUAAAAGUUGCCGACUUGCACACCUUGCAUCAUUCAGACGUACCACAUCUACCAAUCGUUCCUCGUCGUCGCCUCGAAUCCAUGCUUUGUCCGUGUUCAAGUGUCCUUCUGUGCUCUCUACCGAUACACCUACUCAUUCUGCACCCUGGGCCUCACAACUUGUCAGUAUUGCCUCUACAUUGACCGAUUAUUGUGCGCCUUCUACAGACACUACGUGAGACGUCAGAAGACCAUUCGCAACUUGUUACUAUUCAAAUGUGUAAGUUGCAAGUUGAGCCGCCGGCUAGAUUCGUUGUUUUCUUUUCGUUUACAGGUGGCCACAACGGGUCUGGUGGUCGCGUGGGUGUACCGCGAGGAGGAUUCCGACUCGUACCUCCUCUCGUGUCUCAACAUUCCGCUCGCCUCGAUGGUCGACUUGAGUCUGGUGACUGCUGCCGUUUUUCCGAUCAACUUGAUUUGCUUCUUCCUCUCCAUCACCAUGUUUCGACAUUUCAAAAAGAAGGAGGACAGGUGAGACUGAAAUUCUGGGCUGCCAUUAUAGCUUAAGCGGCUUCCGAGAACUUGAAGGCAGUCAUUUUGGUUGGCUCGCUCUAACAAUACGGCGUUUGUUUCGAAAAAAGCCGGCCAAUUUGACGCCUAAAAUGUCAUUUUGACUACAAAAAUUUGCCCGUUAGACGCGUACAACUACAACUUUUUCCUUUUUGUUUGAUCACCGUGAUGACCCUUCAUACCCGAAAAAGAAUGCGCAAAAAAGUUGCAAAAUGAGUGUCACGUUCAUAUUUUCAUCUGCAAACUUUCAGAAGUCGUUUCGAUAUCAACGUGCACUUCACCGCCGCCGUCGACGUCGAAUCUUCCGAAUUCCUCUACUACGUCACGCGAACUCAGGCGAUUUUCAUCGUCCUCUACCCGAUUCUCAUCAUGAGCGUUCGCUUCUUCUACGAAAUCACACCACGACCGCUUCAUUUGACACUCGCCACACUUGGAUAUGUACGUUUUUGACGGAUUCUUCCGACGGUCCAUGACGAUGAGCUUCAGGUGUUCGACAUUUACACGUUCGCGGUGCCACUGGUUAUGAUCGAUUACAGCAAAAAGACGACUGGGAAUCGGAAGGAGAAGAUUUGGAAGCAAGUGAAGUUGAAGUCGGUCGGCAAGGAGGGCGCCGAUCAUUAUUUCGGAAUGAUCAAGUCGCAAUGGGAGUGA